UUUUACUAAAUUUGACAUUUAAACAUAACCUCACCUUGUCCAUCAUGACCUUUCUUCUAAUUCCAUCAAAUCCGCCCGAAUAGUGCGAUAAUGACUGAAAAAUACGCUUUAGUCGAACAUUCCAGUACGUUAAACAACAUUAUACGCAACACAUUUGAAACGACACACCGAAUAAAAUUCACAGCGUUUGAUGUUUCCCACAAAUAUGCUAUUUUCGGCGUUAACAGUGGUGGCAUUUAUAUUUUCAGUCGUGAGUCUUGCCAGUUUCUCAAAUUAAUCCCCAGUACUCAUGGCCCUGCAAAUUUACUUUUUAUUUCCCCAAACGAAAAAAAUCUCGCCAUUGCCGUUUUAACAGGACUUGUUGUUGUCCUUGAGGACUUCUCAGAAACAGACUUCCAACAACAAAUUUUCACUGAACAUGAAGGCAACAACAUAACUGCUAUAAAAUGGAACGGAAACGAUUUAUACUGCGGGGACAACACUGGCCGUGUUUCUGUGGUAGCUCUCCGGAAUUUUUUGACAGUGUUUCAAACUCCAGUCGCUUGUCUCAUGCAUUUGGAUUCUCCAAUCGUGCAACUCGACACCUACUCUAAAUUUCUCCUAGUGUCGACGCAAACUCGUUCGUUGUUAUGUGACACAGAGUCCGAAAAAUACCGACAAAUUGGUAAAAAAAUGCGCGACGGCACUUUUGGCGCCUGUUUUGUUACCGCGGGGAAUCCAGAUAAAAUUAGCGACACCAGUGCACGUACUAGAGGCCUUUUUGAAAUUUUGGGCGACUCUGAACAACUAUCAGCACCCAUGAACGACGAUAAAGUCAAGAUUUAUUGCGCCAGACCGGGGGUGAGACUUUGGCAGGCCGAUUUUCAAGCCAACGUUGUUGUAACUCACCAGUUUAGAUCGUCUUUAGGACUAAAUUCUAGCAAGGUUGUUCAAUGGGACGAUUCCGACCAACUUAAAAUGAAAAUUUUGCCUGCUAAAAUCGGGGAAUUUAAUUUCGGAAAAAUUUACAGUUUUUUGAACAGAUUUAUUUUGACUUUUCGAGACGAUGGUUGUUAUAUUUUUGACCCAUUUUCAAGUACUUUUCAAUACUGGAGUACUCAUGCGAGUAUAAAAGACGUAAAAAUUGUUGAUUCGUUUUUGUAUGUUUGGCAUAACGAUUUAGAAGUUAGCGUUUUGUCGUUGUUGACUGUUGAAGAGUUGGUUUUGAGGAGUUUAAUGAGGAAAAAGUAUAAAUUAUGUUCCGAAAUUUGCUUAGAGUUUUAUGAUGAUGUCCAAUUAUUGAUUGAGACGUCAAAAAAAAUUCAUUUAAUUUCGAUUUUAGAAUCAAAGUUAGACGAUUGUGAAGUGUUACUUAAAUUAGGUCCGAUUUUUAAACGCUUGAAAGACUGUGCGGCAAUACCGACUCUAGAAAGAUAUAAAAAUGGAAUUGUUACAGUUAAUGCCUUACCCGUUUUACCAGAAUCGGUUGAAAAUUUUCAAGGUGAUAAAGACACCAAAAAACAAGAAAACAGUAUUUUAGUCGAGCAAUUUAAGGUUAAUAAAAUUAAUAAGACUAUUGAAACGAGCGAUUUUACUCAAUUUAUGAAGACUUUAAAUCCGAAUGAACUUUACGAUGUUAUCCGACAGUUUGAGCAAGAAUCGAGCGAAAGUUGUGACGACUGGUGCAAAGAAAUGUUUUUGAAAUAUAUAAAAAUUUCUCCCGAAAUCAAUCCUGAGGCUUUAGACUACACAUACCAAGCUUUUUUUCACUUCAACAUGAACAAGAAAUUUGUUUGUAGUUGCAAUUUUCCUCUACCUCAAGCUCACGAAUUUCGGCCAAAAUUUUACGAAAUAGGAACUAAACUAAUGGAUAAGUCCGAUCAUUACGAAGACUUUCUCAAAAAUGUUCCAUACAUGUAUAAAUACGUUUUGGAAAAAAUCAGUGAUACGAAAGAAAUUCACCUAAAGUUGCCUCUCAUAAUUCAGUUUAGUGACUCCAAAAUCAUUGAAAUUCACUUGAAUAAACUUACUUAUGAUCUUUGGGACGAGUCAAUUUGCUUUUUACUUAAAUUAAAGUCUGGUCAGUGCCUGAAUUGUGGUGCCAAAGUCGAUAUUGCAGCUACUUUCGACUGGACAAAUUUCGGAACAAAAAUAGUCGAUUCCAUAAAGCCAACCAACGCUCUUAAACUAUUUAAACGUUACGCUCAUCUAUUACCUAAAGGCGAAUUAAAGCCAUUUUUUUAUCAGUAUUGCAUCUUUUCAACCGCUUCGAAUAUAAAAAACGACAUUUUUAAGAGAACUUUAGAGAAUGAAAAUGCCAGUAAGCAGUUUGAAACAGCCGUAGGAGGAUAUCUACGUAAGAAAUAUUUGUGUGGUGAUUUAUACGACCCACCCAAUCGCAAUUCAAUGGAUUUAAUAAAUUGUGAUCACUGCCACUUGCCUUUAAAAAUACCAAUACUCGAAGAAAAUACAAAAUUGACAUGUGGACAUAACUACCAUCAAACGUGUCUGUUACACAAUAAGAGUCAAUGUCCGAAGUGUGAACUUUUAUAAUUUUUACAAUGCAAUAAAUUUUAAAAGAGCAA